AAACGAGCAGGAAGAAAAGAUGGCGGCGAGGAAUGGGAAGAGUGGUCUACUUGAAAAAUGGAGGAUUGAUGAAAAGCCUGUAAAGAUUGACAAAUGGGAUGGUGCUGCAGUGAAGAACUCUCUAGAUGAUGCAGCUAAGAAGGUUCUAAUUGAAAAAUAUGGUUAUGUUGAGAACUUCAACCUGGUCGAUGGACGUCUGUUCAUUUGUACAAUCUCCUGCAUUUUUGCCAUUGUAGCUUUAAUUUGGGAUUAUCUACACCCAUUCCCAGAGUCAAAGCCAGUCCUGGCAUGCUGUGUUGUUUCAUACUUCAUAAUGAUGGGCAUUUUGACCCUGUACACUUCUUACAAAGAGAAGAACAUCUUCUUGGUGUCCGUGCAGAAAGACCAAGCUGGCAUGGACCCAGAUCACGUUUGGCAGCUCUCCUCUAGUCUAAAAAGGUUUGAUGACCAGUAUACGUUAAGAAUGUCCUUCACAGAUGGGAAAACCAAGCAGACGAGGGAGACUGAGUUUACAAAGUCUGUCGGGGCAUUCUUUGAUGAGAAUGGAACGUUGGUGAUGGAUCAGUUUGAAAAAUGUGCAUCAAAGCUUCAUGACACAUUGGGCACAGAGAAGAAGUCAAAGUAGCAUUUAGUCAAAAAAUGAUAGGACCAGCCCUCAUCGUUCCAGCAUAUGUGGUAACAUUGGCUCUAUAGUGGGACAAAGCACAGAUGUUAUUCAAGCUUGCGUGUGUUAUCAGAGUUUAGCUCUCAACCUUCAAGGUUAGCAAAGUUUUUUUUUUUUUUUGCUUUUGAUUAUAAUGUCAAUUGUUUUUUUAAUUGAAGGUUCUAUAUAUAUAUAUAUAUAUAAUA